UGGCGCUGGUGGCCAAUGCGAAACUGGCUGGUGCUGCUGUGCCCGUGUGUGCUCGGGGCCGCGCUGCACCUCUGGCUGCGGCUGCGCUCCCCGCAGCCCGCCCGCGUCUCCGGGGCCAGCCCGGCAGAUCAAUUGGCCUUAUUUCCUCAGUGGAAAUCUCAUCACUAUGAUUUGGUAGUUGGUGUGUUAUCAGCUCGCAAUAACCAUGAACUUCGAAAUGUGAUAAGAAGCACCUGGUUAAAGCGUUUGAUACAACAUCCAGCAUUAAAUCAAUGUGUGCUUGUGAAGUUCAUAAUAGGUCCUCAUGGCUGUGAAGUGCCUGUGGAAGAUAGGCAAGACCCUUAUUCCUGCAAACUACUCAACAUCACAAAUCCAGUUUUGAAUCAGGAAAUCGAGGCAUUCAGUCUUUCUGAAGAUGCUUCAUCAGGGCUCUCUGAGGACCAAGUUGUCAGUGUGAGCUUCCGAGUUCUCUAUCCUAUCGUUAUUACUAGUCUUGGAGUGUUCUAUGAUGCCAAUGAUGUGGGUUUCCAGAGGAAUAUCACAGUCAAGCUUUAUCAGGCAGAACAGGAGGAGGCCCUCUUCAGGCAGCCUAAAACCAUUAAAACAGAUAAUGGACCUGGGUAUACUGGAAAAAACUUUCAAGCAUUUUGUCAGCAAUUGCAACUCAAGCACAUUACGGGAAUACCUUAUAAUCCCCAGGGGCAAGGAGUAGUAGAACGAGCACAUCGCACCCUAAAAAAUGCCCUGUGCUGUCUAGCUGAUAGCACUCUCAAUCUCACAAAACAAUGCCCUCGAGAUCUUUUACAUCAUGCUCUUUUUGUUCUUAACUUCGUAACUCUGGAUAAUGAAGGGCACUCUGCAGCUGAUAGACACUGGCAUCCCAAAACACGAACGCAGCAAGCCACCGUUAUGUGGCGCGACCCCUUAACAUCAAAAUGGAAUGGGCCCGACCCCCUGGAUUGGCAGCCGUUGCCCCAGAACAUUGGAACCCGUUAG